CGGAGACCAGUUGACUUCGAUCCUCCGAGCGCAGUGUAUCGUAGUAUGUUCACUGUGCUCUCCUACUUUAUACACAUAGAUACACUGCACUUCCAAAAACCUCCAUUUCUCUUACUUUUUUUUAUAAUCUUCGACUAGUCACUAUUAUUACCGUAUUAAAAGGAUGAUUAUCGCGUGUGAAGCUAACUCGUGAUAUACAAGUUUGCGCGCAAGUCUGUUGUGUGUGAUACACCGCGAGUUCCUCAAAGGAUUUGCUAUAACGAAAAAGUAAUAAUACAAGAAGGAAAUAGAAGAGGAAAUAAAUCAACAAGAGAAAAAAAUAUCUUUAGGAGGAAAAAGAGUAGCUCUUUUUGGAUUCUUCCUCUUUCUACCUUUCGUUCUCUCUCUCUCUCUCUCUCUCUCUCUCUCUCUCUCUCUCUCUCUCUCUCUCUCUCUCUCUCUCUCUCUCUCUCUCUCUCCGAGACUUCGUUCGAUCGAUAAUUCGCCGGGUACGUGUGAGUGCGCCGACACGACGAUUAUUAACCAAUAUCGAGAGAAACAAAUUGCAAAGGAAUCUCGUGAAAAAAAAAAAAACAUUCGUCGACGAUAAAAGCCAAUCGUCAAAUCACAGUGAUAAACGAAUAAGAGAAAUAUCAAAGAAAAUAUGAAAGCUAUGGUGGUGAGCCCUGUAGGUGGUCGAGUACCACCAACUCGUGGUGUUCUACACAACAGUUUGAGUAUAAACGGAACGAGAAGAGAUCUCGAGGCGGAGGAAGUCGCCGCUUAUCUAACGAAGUUAAGAUCAUUGGUGCCGGAUAUGCCGAGGAAGAGGAAACUUUCGAAGCUCGAAGUAAUACAGAGGGUGAUCGAAUACAUAUGCGAUCUACAGACAACUCUGGAGGAGACGAAUGUCCAUCAGGAAACAACAAAGACGAAACCGACGUCAACGAGACAGCCACUUCAACCUCUGCUAAAUACGGUGAGCACCGGUAGCACAGGCUCGACGACACCGGCGGCAGCUAUGGCAGCAGCGGCAGCAGCCACGACGACGAUGACGGCAAACAGCACGGUGGCCGAACGGUGACCUGUCACAGGAAAAAAAUUUCAAUGAGGGCCAGAUCGCUAGGAGAGAUCGUCCUCGUGGGCUGACUCCGGCUUGAACGCAGGGUUCCGUCGGCCCCUGACUUCCGUCCUCCUCCUCGAAGAAUUCCUUCGUCUCUUCUUCGUCUUUGGGACCCGAGAAAAACGGAAGGAUACGCGAACGGUGCGAGGAACUAGGAACAGGACGACGAGUAGACCCUUGCGCCCAGUACAAUCUCUUUCCUCGCGAAAGCCUGUAAAUACUUGUACAUAGACUCAUCGCAUUCCUCGCACGACCUCUCAUCGCCGAUAGACACCACCACCUCAUCGCCUCCGAUCUUCGUCUCUGUUUCUCUGUCUUUCUAUCUCUUCAUCCCCCUUUUUCUCUUCGAUCAGUAGACAUGUUCCGACUCAAUCUAGAAAUGAGAAUAUUGUUUUUUCCUUUGAUUUUUCCUUUUUUUGCUUUACAUAGUGAAAAAUUUAACCAUUCAUUGUUGGCUUCUUUCAUUUAAAUUUCUUUUUUUCAAUUGCGAUCAGUCGAAAGGCAAGACGAUAUCAAAUUCUGAAAAUAUAUAUAAUUUCAUUUUAUUACAUUCAAAAUAUUAUCGUUCUGACAAAAUAUCACGUACGAUGCCCCACCCAACCAAUCGUAAAUCGAUCUUUGUUUGCAGACCCAUUGUAACAAAUUUUAUCUUCGCGUUGAUCAAAGUCUGUAUCAUUUCUAACUCGCUCUGUAGAUAAUAAAGAAAAUUUUUAUUACGAUUAUUA